AUCAUGUCUAAAGGUUCAGUAGUUCUGGCCUACAGCGGCGGACUGGACACAUCCUGUAUUUUGGUGUGGCUGAAGGAGCAGGGUCAUGAUGUCAUUGCUUACAUGGCCAAUAUUGGACAAGAUGAGGACUUUGAAGCAGCUCGCAAAAAGGCAAAAUCACUUGGUGCCAAAAAGGUCUUCAUUGAAGACCUUCGCGCCGAGUUCGUGGAGGACUUCAUCUUGCCCGCUGUCCAAGCCAACGCUGUCUACGAGGACCGGUAUUUACUGGGCACCGCGCUGGCUCGGCCCUGCAUCGCCCGCCGACAGGUUGAGAUUGCACGUCGAGAGGGAGCUCAGUAUGUGUCGCACGGUGCCACUGGAAAGGGCAAUGACCAGAUCCGUUUUGAGCUCACUUUCUAUGCACUUUAUCCUGGGGUUAAGAUAAUUGCACCCUGGAGGAUUCCUGAGUUCUACAACCGUUUCCGAGGGAGAAUAGACCUGUUGGAAUAUGCAGAGAAACAAGGCAUCCCUGUGCCCGUCACUCCACGAGCCCCCUGGAGCAUGGACGCUAAUCUUAUGCAUAUAAGCUAUGAGUCCGGCAUCCUGGAAAACCCUAAGAACCACGCUCCAACUGACCUCUAUCAAAUGACCAAGAACCCAGAAGAAUCUCCCUCCUCCCCUGAUGUACUGGAGCUGCACUUCAAAAACGGAGUGCCUGUCAAGGUGGUCAGUGUGAAAGAAGGAAUAUCCAAACACACCCCUUUGGAAAUAUUUGUGUUUUUAAAUGAGAUUGGAGGAAAGCACGGAGUGGGUCGCAUCGACAUCGUGGAGAACCGUUUCAUCGGCAUGAAGUCCCGAGGGAUCUAUGAAACCCCUGGAGGUACCAUCCUGUUGGCAGCCCAUCUCGACAUAGAGACGUUUACCAUGGACAAGGAGGUGCGCAGAAUCAAGCAGGGGCUCGGCAUCAAGUUCUCUGAGCUUGUCUACAAUGGCUUCUGGUACAGUCCAGAGUUUGACUUUGUGCGCCACUGCAUAGUCAAGUCCCAGGAGAACAUUGAAGGCAUAGUCCAGCUGUCAAUUUUCAAGGGCCAAGUCUACAUCCUGGGACGAGAGUCGCCCAAGUCCCUGUACAACCAGGAGCUGGUCAGCAUGGAUGUACAGGGAGACUAUGACCCGUGCGACGCCUCCGGAUUUAUCAGGAUCAACGCCGUCAGGCUGAAGGAACACCAGCGUCUUCAGGGUCUUCCCAGUGCCAAACAGUGA